AUGAGGUAUCAGAACAAAUUUGUUGACCAGAAUUUUUAUCAUCUAAAAGACCAAGAGUUUAAGCCCAAAUGCCUGACUCACUGCCUACUUUCACCAUCCACAGAGGCAUACGCAGCGAGGAUCAUUGGGGGUCAGGAGGUUUCACCAUACUCCAUCAAAUAUCAGGCAUCCCUGCAGGAUGAGAAAGGGCAGCACUACUGUGGAGGAACCUUAGUGCACCCUCAGUGGGUGGUGUCUGCUGCCCACUGCUGGAAGCCGAGCAGUCUGAUGAGGGUGGUGUUGAGUGAACACAGCUUGGUCACAACAGAAGGAUUUGAACAGAUCUUCAAUGUCUCGAAGAUAUAUGUCCACAACUACAACUACAAGACAUUCAACAAUGACAUUAUGCUCAUUAUGUUGAGUGAACCGGCACAGCUGAACGCAAAUGUCCAGCCAGUUGCUCUGCCUGAUGAACACACCCCUCCGCUUGUUGAUGACAUCUGCACAGUGAGCGGCUGGGGCGUGACACAGAUUUACAGUUACUACCUGUCCCCUGUGCUACGUGCUGUGGAUGUGAGAAUCCAGCCUUACUGCAUAUAUUACUACUGGGGCAGGAUCACCCCAAACAUGCUGUGUGCUGGAUCUCGGAUGGGUGGCAAAGAUUCCUGCCAGGGUGAUUCUGGUGGGCCCCUCAUCUGCAACGGCUUCUUUGAAGGCAUUGUCUCCUGGGGUAUCAGCUGUGCAAACCCAUACUUCCCUGGGGUCUACACCAAAGUGAGAAACUAUGUUGAGUGGAUGAAAUGGAUUAUCGACACUAACACACCAUAAACAGUUGCCAUGAUCCUUGAUGAGCACACCGCAGAGAUUUUGAUUCAUUCAUUUUGAAAACAAACUGAGAUGCCGAUUCAUGAUUAUUGACAGAUUAUUUUCAAGUGCUUUAUGAAAACUACUAACUUUCUUUCUGUUUUUUUUAUAGUACUAAAUGUCAACUUAACACACUAUGUUAUGUAGAGCCAAGGUUAUUAGUCAUUUCUUGAUAUAAGGUUUCCUAAACAUAUACUAAAAUGCUUAUAAUUCAUUGAUUUCCAUUUAUUCAUUCACUAAAAUAAAAUAAUAAAAUAAAAUUGUUAUUAUUGGUUAUAGUGGUUUGAAAGAUGGUAAAACUGCAUUAAUUAGUAGAGAGGGACAAUAUGGUUAAAAUCAAUAUUGAAUUAUCACCACUUCCCUUGUGUUACUACAAGCACUGAAUGAAUAAAUAAACCAUUCACAGUGGCAAUAAAGAUGAGUUGUUUCUCUUAUGAUAACUUGGUGGCUGUCUGUACUUUCAGCAAGCUCAUGCCUUGCCUUUACAAGAAUAAAAAAAAACAUCCACUAAGAUGUG